AUGGACGUGCUGCAGCACCACUGGGCGCAGCUGCUGUCUCUUGCAGCGGCUCGGGGCGCGGAUCUCGCCGCCUUCGCGACGCUCGUGCAGUCUUCCGCCUCCACAGGGCAGCUGCCAGAGCUGUCGCAAGUGCCACAACAGGUGCUCUACACCGGCGGCACCGCCGUGGCGCUGGCGCUGCUCCUGCUUGUUCCGCGCGGCAGGCGGCUGCUGUUUGACACCGCCGACACGGCGGUGGCGACCGUCGCGGCGAUUGCGCUGCUCCUGGUGCUGAUCGCGACGCUGCUGAGCGUCCCCCUGGGCAUGCUCUACGUGUCAUACCUGGGGCUGCAGCAUUUGGGGGCGUCACUGGUCGAGUCGUACCCCGCCCUAAUCAGGCUCAUCCCACAGCUGCCAGCCCUGAUGCAGAGCGGGUGA